UGCACGUUUCACAGCUAAGGUGUCGUGUUUGCUGAUCAAGACUUUAAAUGUUCAGUGAUUGAGCUCGCAAUAGCGCUGAUAAAAUCAUUUUUAGAUUCAGUCUCGGCAGUGUAUCACUGAGCAGUAUUGAUUUUUUCAAAAGUUUUACCUUAGAAGUAUCGCAAUUUUUUUCGAUAACCUUUAAAGCAUCAUGCACAGUUUGCCCUGGUUGACACAAUAUCUUUAUCCAUUUAUAUCAAGCGGUGCAACGAAAAAACUGCGUAUUAUUUUCUGCUGUCCGCAGUUGCACGAUAAAAUCCUAGCUCUCGAUCUGUUCAGGUAUUCAAGGAACCACAAGCCCUAAUAGUAGUACCUGUAUUUGCUUUGGAGUGGACAUUUACGUUGACAUGUGUGACUGAGGGUCGGAAGCUCCUACCUCGUUAUCCAGACCAUUUGUCCACCGGAACCGUGUCACUGGACACUGUGCCAGAGAGUGCUUUAUUCAGGUCAAGAUAAAAAGAGCAAGAUGUCUUGACACCACACACUGCAAAGGGAAAGAACUCCUUAUUUGACAGAACUUAAGAUCUCAGCAAUAAUCGUGACACAAUGGCCAGCUUCUACCGAAGAAAACGGGGUCUCAUUUUCAAAUUCAUCAUCGGAAUUCCAGCCUUAUGGUUCUUAAUUGUGAUAUUUACAACAUAUCAGGGCAAGCUCUCGAACAGUGACAGUGACACUGAGAAACGUCAGGAACGCGAAGUGAUCCACAGAGAAAAAGACAUCGUUCCCCCGCCCGAUAAUCAUAUACAUUUUGGUGAUGGUGAUAAAUUAAGACACGAUCGCAAAAUUCACGAAGAGGAGAAGCAGAAUUUGGCGAAUAAAAUUCAGUUAGACAUGCACGAGAAUAGGCAACAGCGAGAAGAUACUGGGCGUGGGUCUGCCAAAAAGGACGAUACGCUACGGUACAAACAGAAGCAAUCCUUGCCAGAGAGGCCUUACGUGGACCCAAAUGCACCAGGUGAGGGUGGCAAGGCGGUGGUGAUAGACAAGGACAAGCUGUCUCCAGAGGAGAAGAAGAAGUUUGAUGACGGCUGGCAGAAGAAUGCGUUUAACCAGUACGCCAGCGACAUGAUCUCGCUGCACCGCUCCCUACCCGACGUCCGCGACCCAGAAUGUAAGGACUUGAAGUACAAAGACAAUCUGCCGGACACGAGCGUGGUGGUGUGUUUCCAUAACGAGGCUUGGUCCGUUCUUCUGCGUACAGUACACAGCAUCAUCGACCGAUCCCCUCCCCACCUGCUCAAGGAAAUCAUCUUGGUUGAUGACUUCUCAGACAUGGACCACCUGAAGCAACCAUUGGAAGAGUAUGCAGCCAAGCUGCAAAAGGUCAAGGUCGUGAGAACAAAGAAAAGGGAGGGGCUGAUCCGGGCGCGUCUCCUUGGUUACUCCGUGGCAACAGGAGAGGUGCUGACAUAUCUGGACUCGCACUGUGAAUGCGCUGAAGGUUGGCUCGAACCUCUCCUAGAUCGAAUUGCAGAAAACAAAUCCAUUGUCGUUUGUCCCGUAAUCGAUGUAAUCGAAGACGACUCCUUCAAAUAUCAGUAUGGCAAUGCCAGAGCCACAAGUAUCGGGGGUUUUGAUUGGAACAUGCAGUUUAACUGGCAUGCGAUCCCCGAAUACGAACGCAAGCGCAGAAGUUUCAAAGAUUACCUCCCUGUCAGGUCGCCCACGAUGGCCGGAGGUCUUUUCUCCAUCAGUAGAGAAUAUUUUACGGAACUUGGUACCUACGACCCUGGAAUGGAUAUCUGGGGAGGAGAAAACUUAGAACUGUCAUUUAGAGUCUGGAUGUGUGGUGGUACCUUAGAAAUCAUUCCAUGCUCUCAUGUUGGUCACAUCUUCAGAAAGAGAAGUCCGUACAAGUGGAGGACUGGUGUCAAUGUUGUCAAGAAAAACUCAAUCCGAUUGGCCGAAGUUUGGAUGGAUGAAUACAAGAACUAUUAUUAUGAAAGAUUCAACUAUGAUCUGGGAGAUUACGGAGAUGUCACUGACAGAAAGAAGCUCCGGGAACGUUUGCAGUGCCAUAGCUUCGACUGGUUCGUCAAAAAUGUCUACCCAGACCUGUUUGUUCCAGGGGAAGCCAUUGCUUCUGGAGAGAUCCGCAGCAAGGCCAAGCCAAUGUGUAUCGACAGUGCGGUGGAUAACCACAACUACCACAAACCGGUCAACAUGUGGCCUUGUCACAACCAGGGGGGCAACCAGUAUUGGAUGUUGAGUAAGAACGGAGAAAUCCGUCGAGACGAUGGAUGCCUGGAUUAUUCUGGAGGAGAGAGCGUUAUUGUUUAUCCGUGCCACGGUCAGAAAGGAAACCAGGAGUGGCAAUACAGAGAGGACAACUCCAUUUACCAUGCCAACACACAGAAGUGUAUGGAGACCAGCGUGGACGGUCAGAAGCUGACCAUGAAGACUUGCACAGGAAUAGACAGACAGAUCUGGACCUGGAAGAGGAAGUCACCUAGUGGGAUAAUCAGGAACAACUAAGGGGCAGACAACUACUGCUGCUGUGGUGUGAAGGGUUCUCUCCCUUUGGAGAGAGAAAUAUUCACCCACCAAAAAAAAAUGUUCAACUGCCAAACCCCAAUAUUUGGGAUAACAGUUUAACAUCAUACUGCUUAAACAACAUGUGUGAUAAACUUGAUUGUAUAUUUGAAAAAAAAAGAAAGAGGAAUAUUUUUCUAUGCAAACAGUAUUUUUCUAUGUUGAUGUGACGAUGGUUUCUUAGUCGUAAGCACUUUGCUAGAUCUGUGAUUUUUUACUGUAUGCCAUUAAACUGCAGGAGGGAUAGAAGAGGAAAUACAUUGUCAUUAGAGAAAAAAAAAUCAUGUUUAUAUCAACUUGUGUCAGUUUGCAGAUUUCAUUGAAAUUGAUGGCUGAUGAAGAUGUAUUCAUAUAUCUUAAAGAAGUCAGUCAUUCAAAGAAGGAAAUAUGCUAACUUGACAGUACUUUAAACAUAAUGUACUUAUAGCUUUAGAUUUUUGGAAUCUAGAAAGUACUUUAAUUUUAAUUCAAAAUAUUGAAUUAAAAAUUAAUUUGCUCAGAUGAUAAAGCAAAUGAAUUUUUUCAUAGGUAUUCAAAAAUUUUGAGAUGAAAUAAAGUCUCUGUUAUAAUCAGUUAUUUUCGUUUUGGGUUAUUAAUCAUGUUUCAAUGCUUUAUCAUACAAACUAAUGUAUAAGGUACCUGCCAGAGUUUUAUUGCAAUAGUCAUUUAAUUUUUCAAAGUUGUGGUCAAGCUUAUAAGAUCUAAUUGGUGCUAGUUAGUUAAGAAUUGUAUUGUUCACAUUUUGCGAUAAUUAUGUUUGUCAUACACAGAAGUCUGUGAUUUUUUGCCAGACAUUCCUGCCCCAUUGUUGUUGAUUUUGCUCAGAGAAUCACAAACUACACAAAAAGUUGACUUUAAAGUUGAUUAAAGGAUAUGCUUGUUUGUUAAAACUAUCUUAAAUUAUAUAUCUGUGUUUUAAUUGUCGGCUACAAAAUAUUUUAGCAAAAUAUUCAAAGCGUUGUUUUUCUUGUUGAAGAUUGUUCAUACAUGUGUAUUUAUUUAUCACUUUUUUUUUCUUAAGAGAAUAUUUCUUCAAAUAGCUUCAGUAUUUUUUCUGUAUACCGGUAUCUUAAUGGACACAAUAUACUAACAUAGCCUUAUCUUGAAGUAGUGUACAAUGUAUAACUGGUUAUCAAUGCAGACGUGUUAAGAUCCAAAAAGGACAUACAUUUGUUCUUUGUUAUUUUUUGCAUUCUUAAACCAAUGACUCAAAUUUUAAAUUAGAAUAAGUAUAUAAUUUCUCUUUGGCUAUUUACCUUUUGAGAUACAAAACUACCCCUUUAUCUCCUGAAAAUUCCACUUAAACACACAAUAUUUGAUCUUCAUUUGUGGGAUUUUUCAAGUGUAUGCAUUUGGCAUUUAGCUUGGUUUUGAAUAUGAAGUCAAAUUGACUAAUAUUUUAUUGACUUUUAAUUCUUUUUGACAAACCUCUAUGAAUACAUGAAGGAGAAGUCCAGAUUGUCAAACUUUUAGCAGAUAGCUUGCAUUUCUUACUGCAUAGACCCAGCUAAAGGUCUUGGACGGUUUUGUUGUAGAAUUUUAGGGGUCCAAGCUUUAAACAUCCCUUUAUCCAGCCUUUAUUUGCAAAAAAUAUGCAUAUAUAUUAUGGACAUGCCAUCCACUUAAGGUCAAACUGUGUGUCUGCUUAAAGCCUUAAGUAUAGAAAGAAAAGUCUCCUUUAUACCAUACAUUCCAUGUUUGUUUUUUACUUUGUGUAUAAUGAAGAGUAUAUAUUUACUUUGAUGUUGUUAUAUGCUAUUGAAUAAUGUGGAACGUGUUUGGUUUUGUAUAUUUUAAUGUAUAUAUAUGUAAGAAUUAGUAUUACAUACUUCUUUAAUCAGUACCAAUGAAAUCCAAUACCCAUUGUGUUAUAUAUGUGAUUCUGUAGAAGUGGGCGAAUAUUUGAGAUAAUUAACUUAAUUGGCUAUUUCUUGUUUUUUUGUUUUUGAAAGUAUGUAUUAAUUUGCAUAUGUUACAUGUACUAGAGGCUGUGCCCUGUGUGUAUUCUGACCAGAUAUGACUGACCAGAUUAUAUAAUCCACCCUCUCUCUCUCUCUCUCUUGCUCUCUCUCUCUCUGUCUCUGUUGAAAGGAGAGCAAGAGCCAACGUAGGUUAAUGUAAUGGAUACUUUAAAUAUCUGUCACCUGUUUUGUUCAGUCUGCUUAGUUUGGUCUAGAAUUUGUUCUGUUUGCUUUACACAUGUGGUUGAUCUGCAAAUACAAGUUAAUUGGAAUACAUGUAAUCAAUUUGGAAGCACAUUUACUUAUGUUUAUCUAUCGGACACCUUUUUUAUUUUUACAACAAUCCUACUUAAGGAGUGUGGGUAUCCAUUAAAUCUGUCCAAAAAAAGUUAAUGGUAAUAUAAUAUUUAUGGCUAAUAGCAAUUACAUUGUAUCUAGUGAAACAACAAAUUAUCCAUCAGAUCUGGCUAAAACAAUUAUCUGUAUUAUAAUAUUUUUGGCUUAUAACUAUUAUUUAGUGAAACAAAAAUUCUAAAUAUUUUAGCUCUAAAAUGUUAAUAUUAGUUUCUAUAUAGUGUUCUUUGGUUAAGGAGAUUAUUAUAAUCUAAAAAUGGCAAAGACCCACUAGUCCUACUUACUUAUGAAAUUGCUUAAAAAAGACAAUAUCCUCAAGCUGUUGAGCAAAAUCAUUCUGAUCAGCAUGUGUGAAAUUAAUAUGAAUGCCUGUUUUUCAGUCUUCACAUAUGUUUUUGAGAAAUAGUAACGCAGUUAAAAUGGCAUUCUGAUUUUUGUUUUAAAUAUGUAUAAACUAGUAGUAUGUGUGCAUGCAUGAGAUGAUCUUUUUUUAAUUUCUCUCUAUUCUGAAGCACAAUCCAUGAUCCAUUCAUUUAUUAUUGUUACUUAACAAUUUUAUAAUCAGUUUGCAUUAUGUAUUCUUCAUUUCAAGUCUUAUAGAAUGACUGAAAACUAAAUCUGUGUGAUCUAUAGGUCAAUUUAAUCUCAUGUAUUAUCCUUCAAAUUCACAUGUUGAUUUUUGAAUAAGUAUUAAUUAAAACUGUAUUAUUUUUUUUUCUCUUUCUAAUUUUUUUUAAUUAAUUGUCUAUAUCUACAUAAUGAUGUUUCGGUAUUCUUUACUUUUCAGUAUAUUAAUUAAGACUAGAAUAUUUGAUAUUUUUCGCUCUCAAGUCUUGUUGAUGUUUCAUAAAAGAAUACAUUAUUAACUGAAAAUGUAUAAUUAAAUCUGCUUGUUUUCUUUUAUCUUGUCUUUAAUGGUAUAUACCAUAUGUUUCAAGUAUAUACAUGUAUCUAAUCAGGUGCAUCAAUAUAAUUGUAAGAAUUGAAAAAAAAUGCAUUGGCUGUAGUAUAUAAAUGAAAACCCAUCUAUUUAUUUUAUUUUUCAAUGUCAAAAAAGGGGGAGGGGUCAUUUAGAUUUAUAUGUAUGUAUCAAUUCUAGUGCACAUCAAAAAAGGAUAGAAAUGCAAUAAAUAUGUGCACACUUGUAUAAACUUGUCAGAAUUGCAAGUCUGUAAAGAUUUUCUGUAAUUCUUUUUUUUUAUAAUGUGGUAUAUACAUAUGUGUAUUAUAUAUAAAGAUAAAACUGGUGGUGUAUGACUGGGGAAGCGAGGGCUGGUAACCAGCCAAGUGUGCCUUAAUAAAUUCAACUUACAAAUGAUA